AUGGCGGAGGGGGAGUUGGACGUGGACUCGCUGAUUUCCCGGCUCCUGGAAGUUCGAGGAUGUCGACCCGGGAAGAUCGUGCAGAUGUCGGAGGCCGAGGUCCGAGGGCUGUGCAUCAAGUCCAGAGAGAUCUUCCUGAGUCAACCCAUCCUGCUGGAGCUGGAGGCCCCGCUCAAAAUCUGUGGGGACAUCCACGGCCAGUACACAGACCUGCUGCGUCUCUUUGAAUACGGAGGAUUUCCUCCUGAAGCGAACUACUUGUUUCUUGGAGACUACGUGGACCGAGGGAAGCAGUCCCUGGAGACCAUCUGCCUCCUGCUCGCCUACAAGAUCAAAUACCCCGAGAACUUCUUCCUGUUGAGGGGCAACCACGAGUGUGCGUCCAUCAACCGCAUCUACGGCUUCUACGACGAGUGUGAGAACCCGCUACACAACAACACAAACACACAACUUUACUCUCUUUUAACCCAAGCUUCUCAGCGACUUAUAUGA